GAUGGACUUCAAGUAAAAGUAAACAAGCUUUCAUCUACAAAAACCCAACUUCCCUGUGACUACUAUUUUCUCAAAUACUGUAAUCCAUCAAAAAGUAUGAACAGUGCUGAGCAUUUGGGAGAAGUUCUUCGAGGUGAUCGGAUCGAGAACUCCAUUUACACAUUUAACAUGAGGGAAGAACUUACUUGCAAAGUUGCAUGCCGUACGAAGCUUGAUGCCGAAGCUGCAAAUAAUUUUAAAGAGAAAAUCGACUAUGAGUACUGAGAAACAUGAUUUUGGAUAACCUUCCAGUUGCAGUCCUUAGACAAAGGAGGGAUGGAACAGAGGCCACCAGUUAUGAACAUGGUUUCUGGGUUGGUUUUAAGGGAAACUACGCUGGGGUUGGUCUGUAAUGAUAUUAGGGGGCGCCAAGAGAACAUUCCAAUUGCAGCAACCAAUAUGGUCGAUGACCCACAUGUUGCUCCUACAGCUCACCAAUGCCCAAGCUUCUGCAAGCGUGAAAUUUCCCGCUCAGCCCUGCUUGGAUGCAACUGCAAAGGAGUUUGUAUCGAUUCAAGAAAAUUUGCCUGCGCAAAGCUUAAUGGUUCUGAAUUCCGAUAUGUAGCCAAAGAUGAUGGCAGGUACAAUGGAGUCAUUUGAGGCGAAAGAAGGAAAAAUUAGCUAUUUGGAGCGAAAAGGUCAAUUCACAGGCGAGUCAUACAUGGAGCAGACUAGGUUGCACAAGGAGGAGGUGAAGAAUGAACUGUCAGUUCCCCUCAACUGACAGUUGAGCAAAGAAGCGAAUAGGCAGUCGGUUCCCUGAAACCGACAAGCCAUUUCUGAAUAGGUGGCCCUUAUCCUAUCAACUGGGGUGUGUAAAUCCAAUUUCUUACACAAAACCUAAAUUUCAGUGAAGAAAUCAUUCUUCUCUGCCUGUACAUGAGUGAUGGCGGCACCAGAACUGGAGAGAAAGAGAUUUCGAGACUUCAUGAGAGAAUCGAGUUCCGAUGAUGUUUGAGUGAUUAGAUAAGGUGGUGCAGACUGAUUGAGUUGCUGUGAAGGGUAAUUAGGGCUUGAAGAAUUGAUGUGAUUUCAGUACAGAGAGAUCAAGAAAUUGGAGAAGAAAUUCAUGGGUACUGUUGAUUUUGAAGAUGUGUUUGCUUGAAUUUGAUCUGUUGCUGAGGUGAAGAAAUAAGGUUUGAUUGCAGUUGUAAAUGUUGGUUUGAAUUAGGGUUUUGUUGAGAGGCUAAUGAGGAAUCGGGGGUUUACUGUUGAAAUGAAGAGAUGGGUGUUUCUGCUGGCGAUUUAGGUGUCAAGAAAUGGUUUGCUGGUGUUGUUGCUGGUGACGAGAUGAAGAAGAGUAUGAAGUUGGCUGCUGAUGGAUGAAUUUGAUAUCAAUUGAAGCUGUGAACAGAUGAGUUGAUUUACAGGGGCUAGGAAGAAUGGAUGGAUGAUGUAUGAAAGAAGAGAUGUUGAUGCUAUUGAAGUAUUGACUGUUGGUUUGCAGUUGAGAUGGAGGUUGCACGGUUGUAACUGAAGUUGAAGUUGCAGGUGGUAAUGGCUCUGGAGAUUGUUACAAGGGUGCCCAGUUAGGACUUGCUGGUGACUAUUUGCACUGAAGACAGGGAAUGAGUUGAACUAACAAAGGUUUCUGCUGCUAGAAUGGGAGAAUGGAGAAGCUACAACACUGGAGAUACAGGGAAGCUAAGAAGCCUGGAGUCUGAGCAGCUGCAGUCUGGAGAAUGGAGCAGUUUCUGGUAGUUGUGGAACUGAAGCUCAAAUGGUGCAGAUGGUGUUGUUCUGGUAGAUUUGAAGAUUGGCUUUGAGCUUGAUUCAAGUUAUGCUCCUGAUAUUGUGCUGCUAACCAGGGUCUUUGGAUUGUUUAGAUGGAAGUUGCGGCAAGAUGGUGGUACCAGACUUGGUGUUGAAAUGAAGCUGAUGCUUAUAGAUGAAUGACAGGUGCAGCUGAUUGAAAUGGGACUUGAGUGUGUUAGAUGAAUGCUAGGAGAACAUUGAAGGUUGAUUGAGAUGCAGAUGGCUCAAGAGAAUGGAUGUGAAACUGAUGCAAAGAUGGGUUUGUGCCAGAAAUUACAGGACUGAAAUGAUAUUGCAGUUGGCGGUUUUGGAUGGAGCAGAAAGGAGUUGUUGCUGGUAGACGGUUGCAGUGGAAGAAAUGGCCCUGGUGGUGAUGUUAAAUCCGAGACAUGUGUGGCUGUGGUGCAGUGCAAAGUGUUGUUGCAGCAAUGGCUAGGCAGUUUCUGGUUGGCUAUAGGAGUUGAACUGUGGUGAUCUCAGAAGGUUCAAGAAGGCUACAGGUUGAUGUGCUGAAUUGGUGGCAUACUGAUGUGGAUUGAUUCAGGAAGGAGAAUUUAUAUUGGUGGAGCUGCAAUGUGCUGGAGGGACAGAAUUGCAAAGAGAACUGCAGGUGGAAGAAUUGAUGAUGUUGCAGUUACUGAAGCUACAGGUAGCAUGAGGUUUGCAGCUGGUACUAGGAGUUGGUUGUGACUCUCAGCUGGAAUGUUAGGAGCUGAAAUUGCAGUAGCUGCAGUGGUUGUGGUUGCAAGGAAGGAGAACUGGUGCAACUACAGAUGCAGGACAAAGAAGAUACAGGAAAUUACAGGUGGUGCUGCAGGAAUCAAUUUAGAGUUUGGAGAAGAAGUUGUUAUUGCCAAGAGAACAAGGAGGGUAUGUUCAAGAAAUUGGAUAUGAAUAGAAUUAGUUGCUGCUAUGUUAUGCCAUUGUAAGUUGCAGGUGAAGUUAGUGUUUGUUGCAACUGGUGCAAGUGGUAUUGAGAAAUGAAAAUGGAAAUAUGGAAAUGUGGAUGAGAGUAUUGCAGGUUGAAUCUGUAACGGAGAAUGGUCUGUAUGUGGAUUGCAGGGGGUUUGGUGGGAAUGAAAUGUAUGAGUUGCAUGUUGGUGGUGGCUGUGAAGCGCAAUUGUGCAUCACAAAGGUUUGGCCUGUGCAAGAUGGCUCAGGCUGUGCAACAGCUCUGGCCUAGAGAGUAGAGACCAAUCAGCCGAGUUAGACAGUUGACUCGGUGCGACUCGGUGCUUGACCGAGUCGAAUCAUUUGACCCGACUGAGUUGGAUCGUUUGACCGGUGACCGGGCAGACUUUGCCGGUCACAUGAGCUCUUUGACGGCAACUUACCGGCUAACUUCCGGCCGUUUUGUGGGACCUCCGGCGACAGUUUCUGGCCAUAUAUUCUACGUGGGUUUUUCUCACACGGGCUUGGUGGACUUCUAUCUAAUGGACUUGAAGACUAGACCUAAUUUUGAGAAGCAAAGGAUUAUAAAAGAGAAGACUUUUCUCUAAUCGAGUAUCGGAUUAUCUUUAUCACUUCUUCUACUUUUGUUCUAGGGUUUAGAAAGAUGGAAACUUUUAUUUUUCUUCCUGUGAUGAACUCCAUUAACAUGAGUAGUUAAUCUUAUUAUUGGUUAUGGAAUAGUUGGAUUUCAGAUCACA